AGGACCUUGUCCACCAGCCAGUACUCUGACUUGGAGAAGAACAAAAUGCAGCAGUCGUUGGCCAAUUUGCAGCUGGUCUACAACGAGGUCGAAAGAGACUGGUCUGCUGCUACCCAGGAAGACUCUAAUCCUUUGGAGUUGGCCCUUCCCUUGUUGGACACCACCUCUGUUGGUCUUGCCUCCAAAUACCCACUUUUCACCAGCUUGUACGCCAAAAUUGGCCUCUCCUUGCAAAAUGCUGUCGACGAACACUUCCAGGCCUUCAACAGCUCAGUUGGCUCCUACUCUACUGUCCUCGAAUACAUCAACGACUCCCAGGAAACUGUCAAGGCAAUAAAGGAAAACUUGAAGCAGUCCACUGCUGAAAUCACUGACAAAAAGGACUACCUCAACGAUCUCAAUCUCAACUCCCAGAAAUAUGCAAACAUGAUAGAGAUCUUGGACGUCAUUGAGAUAUUGAAAAACAUUCCUGAACAACUAGAAAACUACUUUGUGGAAAAGAACUUCUCAAAAGUAGAAAACCUACUAUCCUACGCUGAACAACAGGCAAACUCAUACAAUCUAUGGAAUAUCGAAGCUCUAGCUGGUAUCAAAUCCUAUCUCGAAUCCCAAAGAAUCAGCCUAUUUGACACAAUAAUGGAAGAGUUGUAUGCCACAAUUUACCUCAAAUCCGCCAGCUACUCUUCCUCUUCCUCCUCAAAUAACCAGUUCUUGUUAUCAACAAACAAUGGCUUUUCAACUUUAGAACAAUACAUUCACAACAUCAUAAACAUUGACAUCUCGGAAAGAUCCUCAAAUAUCCACUCAAACCUAGAAAUAUUUCUAAAAGAAUGGGAAAAAUCUUCCAAAUUAAACCACCUAUCUCCUUCCUAUUCCUACAAAAAGGACCAGCAAAUGGACCCUUACAAUUACAUCAAAUCGCUACUAGAAACACUAGCCAAAUUGGAUAAACUUCCCAAAGCUUUGGAAACUUUGACCCAAAGAAACCCAUUUGAAUUACACAAACUAGUCAAUCACUCGGCUGAAGAAAUCAGACUAAAACAUCCCAAAAAUCUUAAAGAAACUGCAAGCUUUAAUAAAUUGGACUUCAACCAAGUAGACUUUGGCUUGGGAAUCGGCGAUCUAGGUGUCAUUGUGCUACAAGACUACUUUUGGAACGUUUUCACGAAAUUCCUACUAGUCCUUCAGAGUCAUAGAGUUGUCUACGAAAUAUCAAAACAUAUUUUAACCUCAAACUCAACUGCCUCUCUACUAAAUUACGAUUUCAUCGAUAUUUGGAAAAACAUGGAAAACGAAUCAAGAUCAUUGAUCUAUUCCUACAUCACCGACGACUCAGUCGUCUUUUCAAACAGCCACUUGAAAAACCCUAGCCACUCAGCAUCAAAACAACCCUUCCAAAAUAACCUGAAUUUGUUAACUGAAAGAAAAAAUAAUAACACAACCCUAUUCCAUCUAAACGACUCAAAACUAAAUGACUCAAUCAUAAUCAAGGAAUCGGAAGAAUUGAAAUCUGUUUUACAAGAAAUCUUUCCGGGUUUUGUCAUGUCAAAUGAAAAAAUCCAAGACAAACCUCUAUACUUGGAAGAUGAAUCAUACUCACUACAGGAAACACUUGUCCCUUCAAAUGUUUUCAACAUGAGAGUAAUACUAGAAUCCUUUUUAGUCUUUAUUCAAGGCGCUAAAAACACCUUUCCUCUCGAAUUGAAAAACGAAUCAAACGACCCAAUAGAAUUCUUCAAAGAAUUCAUGUUAAAAACGUUUUUACCUCAAUUAGAUGACUCGUUUGAAUAUAUUAAUAUGAAUCAAAACGAUUUGGAUAACGAUAUUAAAUUUAAUGGCAUCAGUAAUAGUAAAAUAUUUAAAAGUGCUGACGAUUUUUAUCAUCUAUUUACUAGAAUUUGCAGAAUUUUAAACACAAAUUUGGAAUAUCGAAAUGAAUAUGGCCAAAUCAUUUUGUUAAUUCUAAACAAAUUUUUAAACAAAUAUCAGAGAUUAUAUGAUGAAUUAAUAACUAAAGAAGAAUUUACCACUGACAAAAAAAUUAAAAUGACAACGCAAUGGAUGAAGUUUCCUCAACUAUCACACAUCUCACUACAAAUUCUUAAAAAUGAUGUCGAUAAAAGCAUGAUAGCUGCUGAAAUUGAUAUAUUAUUAGAUAAACCCAAUCUCAUUUUUGAAAAUAUAUCAAAAUCCCAAUUGUUACCAAAGAAGUCUUUUAAUUUAUUAUCACAAAUGUUAGGUAGUAUAUCAUGGAUAUUAAUGUGGUUACUGAAAAUAAGAAAAGUUAUUAGUAAAGAAGAAAUUGAAAAGAAAAGAAAUGAGAAAAAUAACGAAGAUGAUCUAGUGGAAUUGAGAAAUAAAUGGUUGAUCUUAGAAGGCGGUGACACUAGAAUUUCAGAGAAAUAUGAAGAAUUAUAUCUCACAUUGGAAGAAGGAGAAUCAGCAGGUUUAUUUGAUAAAAUAAUUGAAGAUUUCAAAAUAUUAUCCAGGAAUACACUAUUAGGACUAAGAUAUGAUAUGAGAUUAAGAACCAUGUAUCAACUCAAUUUAGCUUUUAGAAAUGAUUAUUGGACACCGGAAUCUGAUAUGAUUGAAGUCGUGAAAGAUAUUGAAUUGUUAAAUGAAAUUAUUGUUGAUUAUAAUAACAAGUUGAUAAAUGUUUUAGGUUGUAAAGACCGAGAUGGGAUAUUGGUUGGAUUACCAGAUUUCAUCGAUCGACUUGCAAUAUUAAAUGGAUCGAUAAUAAGCAAGAUAAAUUUGAACGGUAUUAAGAAAUUGAAUUUAAAUAUAAUGGCUAUUCAACAAGUAUUGAGAAACAUACUUCAUAAAGCAGAGGAUGUGGAUUUCAGUUAUUCAAUUGGUUAUUAUAGUCUAUUUAGGAAGGGACAAAAUAAUUUGAUACAAGAAAUCAAAGAAAAUAAGAAUUUAUUCAACAUAAAUGAAAAUAAAGUGAUGAUAAGGUUGAUGUACAGUGAAGAA